AUGAUGAAGGACAUGAUAGCGUUGCAGCUUUUACCCUGCGUUCUCUUCCUAACGGUCUUGCUAGCCAUGUCGGCGACCAGCCACGCGGCGGCCUUGCGCCUCGACCUCACGCAUGUCGACAGCGGUCGCGGCUUCACCAAGGGCGAGCUUCUCCGCCGGAUGGCCGCUCGGUCACGCGCCCGCAUAGACAGCCGGUGGUCACCACCCGGGCGUGGCGCCAACGCCCACGCGGUGACCGCGCCGGUGGCACGUGGCACCGUCGGAAAAGAAGACUUUAACUCCGAGUACCUCAUCCACUUUAGCAUCGGCACGCCGCGCCCGCAGCGCGUGGCGCUGACGCUCGACACCGGCAGCGACCUCGUCUGGACGCAGUGCUUCUGCCAGGUCUGCUUCCCGCAGCCGUUCCCGGAGCUGGACACCUCCGCCUCCGGCACAGCCCGCGGCGUCUCCUGCUUCGACUCCCUCUGCGCGCAGGGGAGCUUCUCGCUCUCCGGGUGCGCAGUCGGCGACAACUCCUGCAUGUACACCGACUCCUACGGUGACAACUCCGUCACGACGGGGAAGCUGUACGAAGACACCUUCACCUUCCAACAGGCGCCCAACGGCAAGGCCGCCGUCGUGCCCAACCUCCGCUUUGGUUGUGGCAUGUUCAACACCGGCAUCUUCGGAUCAAACGAGUCCGGCAUCGCCGGCUUCGGGCGCGGGGCGUUGUCUCUGCCGUCGCAGCUCAAGGUCGGCAAGUUCUCCCACUGCUUCACCACCAUCGUGGAGUCCAGGCCCAGCCCCGCAUUCCUGGGCACGCCGGACAACCUUCAAGCACAGGCCACGGGGCGUCUCCAAUCCACCCCGUUGGUGCGAAACCCCGAAUCCAAUCACUACUACCUUUCGCUCAAGGGCAUCACCGUGGGCAAGACGCGGCUGCCGUUCGACGCAUCGGCGUUCGCGCUCAAGGGCGACGGCUCCGGCGGCACGAUCAUCGACUCCGGCUCGGCCCUGACGAGCGUCCCGGAGGCCGUGUACCGGAGCCUCGUGGAGGCAUUCGAGUCGCAGGUACCGCUGCCUGUCAACAAAAACAACACCGACGAGCACGAGGGCUUGUUGUGCUUCACCGCCUCGCCGAAGAAGAAGGAGAUCGCCAUGCCGAAGCUGAUCCUUCACCUAGAGGGCGCAGACUGGGACCUUCCACGGGAGAACUACGUGUUGUACACUGAGGAGGACGGGCUUUGCGUGGUGAUAGGUUCCGCGGGCGAGGACAACAGGUCGCUCAUAGGCAACUUCCAGCAGCAGAACACGCACAUCGUCUACGACCUGGAGCACAAUAUGCUGGUGUUCGUGCCUGCGCGCUGCGACAAGCUGUGA